UCGGGGAGGACGGGCUCAUCGUUGGGCAAGACCAGACUUGUGUUUGGUGUUGCGACGGAGGCCGGAGUUUGGCUACAGCGGAGUGAAACACCGGUGAGUAAGGCCAAGAUGAACCGGAUUCGGAUCCACGUGCUGCCAUCAAGCAGGGGCCGGGUCACUCAGGCUGGUCGCACCCAGGAGCCCCAGGCCUGUGCCUACACCCAAAGAGCAUGCUCACAACCCCGCCUGGACGGCUGGGAGUUCUGCAUCAAACACAUACUGGAGGACAAGAAUGCUCCUUACAGGCAGUGCAGCUAUGUGUCCAACAAAAAUGGCAAGCGCUGUCCCAAUGCAGCCCCGAAACCUGAGAAGAAGGAUGGUGUGGCGUUUUGUGCUGAGCAUGCCCAUAGAAACGCUCUGGCAUUGCAAGCACAGAUGCGCAAGGCCUCCUCUGGACCUUCCCCCGAGAUGCUGCUCUCUCAGCUCAGCGGCUACAGCAGGGCAGAAUCAGGAGCCCUCGGCCAAGAUGGACGCAGUGAAGCAAGCCGCAUUCUAGAUGAGGAUAGCUGGAGUGAAGAGGAGCAGGAUCCAGUGGUGUUGGAUCAAAUGUGGAGAGGGGAUCCAGACAGUGAAGCUGACAGCAUAGAUAGUGACCACGAAGACCCUCUGAAACAUGCUGGUGUGUACACAGCAGAAGAAGUUGCACUUAUCACUCGUGAAAAGCUCAUCAGACUCCAGUCACUCUACAUAGACCAAUUUAAACGGCUGCAGCACUUGCUGAAGGAAAAAAAACGACGCUACUUGCACAGCCGCAAGAUUGAGCAUGAGACGAUAGGCAGCAGUCUUUUGACGGGACCUGAAGGCCUGUCCAUGAAGGAGCGCGAAAACCUCAGAAAGCUGAAGGCUCUGCGGCGCUACCGUCGUCGUUAUGGUGUUGAGGCUUUGUUACACAGGCAGCUCAGAGAACGCAGACAAGCCAUAAGUGAGGGAGGAACGCCACAGGCUCACUCAGUACGACCAAGCCAGAGGUGCAUUUCUUUUGUGGAAGGAACACGAUGCUCAAACCAGUGCCUGCCUAUGACGCGACAUUGUGUCUCUCACAUUUACCAAGAUAGUAGUCAGGUACUGUUUAAGAUGUGUCCUGGCCUGAAGGAUGUACCCUGUGACCGACCUGUGCAUAUGGGCCAGUCGGAGGAGCCACGAUGCCCUUUGCACCUCUCUCUGCCGCCUCCCAUGUAUCAGCCUGAACAGGAGACCUUGGCCCCAGAGCAACUGGCCUCAGCCCCCACGGACUUGUAUCUCAGCGCUGCAGAGCUGCAGCCCACCGAGAGCCUGCCACUGGAGUUCAGUGAUGAUCUGGAUGUGGUGGGAGAUGAGGGGAUGCAGUGCCCACCGUCACCUCUGCUCUUCGACACAGCACUGGCCCUGGAGGACCAGACCAUCCGUGCCAUAGCUGAGGCCCCCAUGGACAUCCUGACUGGGGCAGAGCAUGGAGAUCUGGACGGCUCGUCACAUGACCCAGAGCUUUCAGAAACGGAUGAAAUGUCAGUGAUAGAUCAGGCCGUGUCAGAGGUACCCGAGACAGCAGGAGAGGAGGAUGCCACGCAGAAUUCAUCAAAGGACCCCAACACAAUAACAACAGAUGCCACAUCCUGAGCACCUUGUGACCCGAAUUUCUCAGCUGUCUAUAGACUUCAUUACUUGCUGCACUGGUGUGGUUUCAGAACGUGGAGGAGUCUGACCAAAAGCCAUAUUUACAAAGCCUGCCCCGCAGUGCAAAGACUGUACCCUACUUAUGGAAAACGUUCAGAGGUGUAUUAUAAAAGGUAAUCGCUAGAGGACUGAUGUUAACAUAGAAACUGCACCUGAAUCUACUUGGAAAUAAAACAGAACUUGUCACUGUAGUCCUGAA